AUGGCCGAGCACGAGUCUGAGGUUGCCCAGGUGCACCAGUCUACCGACAAUGUCGAAAAAGUAGCUACUACUGAUGUUGCCGUCUCCGAUGUCGUCGACGAAAAGGCCCCCUUCGCCACCCCCGAUGGAGAGGAGCCCAACGAGGAGGAGAAGCGCACGCUGAAGCGCGUCGCUGAGCACUUGCCCGCCUCUGCCUGGCUGGUCGCCGUCAUCGAGCUGUCCGAGCGAUUCACCUACUACGGUACCCAGGGUAUCUUCCAGAACUACAUUCAGCGUCCUCUCGACGGCAGCGAGGGUCGCGGUGCUCUGGGCAUGGGCCACCAGGGUGCCACCGGUCUUUCCACAUUUUUCCAGUUUUGGUGCUACGUGACUCCUAUUCUUGGUGCCGUUAUUGCUGACCAGUACUUGGGUAAAUACAAGACCAUUGCUGUGUUCUGUGGUGUCUAUAUCGUUGGUCUUCUUAUUCUGCUCCUCACCGCUCUCCCACCCGCCCUUGAACAUGGCUCUGGUCUCGGCGGUUUCAUUGUUGCUAUCAUCGUCAUCGGUCUGGGUACCGGCGGUAUCAAGAGUAACGUCGCUCCCCUGAUUGCCGACCAGUACACGCGCAAGAAGAUGGCCAUCCAGACCAAGCCCAACGGCGAGCGUGUCAUUCUCGACCCCGCAGUGACCGUGCAGCGGAUCUACAUGAUUUUCUACGGUUGUAUCAACGUCGGUUCGCUCUCGCUGCUCGCCACCCCUUACAUGGAGCGCGACAUUGGCUUUUGGUCCGCUUUCUUGCUCUGUCUGUGCAUGUUCCUCGUCGGUACUGGCGCCUUAGUUCUCGGCCGCAAGUACUACGUGGUGCGCCCACCCCAAGGCCAGGUCAUCACUGAUGCUUUCCGCUGCAUGGGUCUCAUGAUCAAGCACUUCAACAUGGAUGCCGCCAAGCCCACCUGGCAAGCUGAGAACGGCUAUAACAGCGUCAGUCGCUGGGACGACCACUUUGUUGACGAGGUGAAGCGUGCCAUUAUUGCCUGCAAGGUCUUUGCUUUCUAUCCUAUCUACUGGGUUGUCUACAAUCAAUUCUCCAACAACUUCGUCACCCAGGCCGGCCAGAUGGAGGCACAUGGAAUUCCCAACGAUUUGAUGCAAAACUUUGAUCCCAUCUCCAUCAUUGUGUUCCUUCCUAUCCUUGAAUUGGCCAUUUACCCUGUUAUGCGCAAGCUGCACAUUCCCUUCAAGCCCAUCACCCGUAUCGCCGUGGGAUUCUGCGUCGCUUCCCUCGCCAUGGUCUACGCCGCCAUUGUACAGCACCUGAUCUACGCCGCCGGCCCUUGCUACGAUUCUCCACUCUGCGAUGCCUCCAUAAUCGAUGGCGUUGCUACGGGCAAUAAAGUCCACAUCGCCAUCCAGACCCCAGCCUACGUGUUGAUCGGUCUCUCCGAGAUUUUCGCUUCCGUGUCUGGCCUCGAGUACGCCUACACCAAGGCUCCUCCUUCCAUGAAAUCGUUUGUCCAGUCCAUGUACCUGUUGACCAACGCCUUCGGAUCUGCCAUUGGCGAGGCCUUGACGCCUGUUGCCUACGACCCAGCCAUCCUGUGGAUGUUUGUCGGCUUGGCCGUUGCUUCCUUCCUUGCUGGUAUUAUCUUCUUCGGCUGCUUCUACAAGUUGAACGCCAAGGAAGAGGAACUGAACGCAUUGGACGCUGACGAGUAUGGCCCGGACCAACACGGUGUGGCUCCUGCUACUCAGGUGGGAAAAUAG